AUGUCCAAAAUGCAGCGCAAAAAGGGGCCUCCUUCCGCGAUAAAAACCGAUAUGCCACAACACUCUCGUAUAGCUGUUGCUUUAGGUGAUCCUGCAAGUGCCUCUGACUCGGAUCAUACCUCUAGUCCACGGCCCAUGUCCCUUAGGAAUAUGAAGAAACUUUCCUUGACCCUACCUUCGGCCCAGUCGUCUUCCUUAUCCUUGGGUCUCCAGUCUGAGCCCCAGAGUGCUAACAGUACAGCUCAACCAGAGCUUCCUGGUCCUCGUCCAAGGCGGCCAUCUGUUAUUUCCCUCCCACCUCCCACCGCCAAUCCUACCGUGGUGUCUUUUUUGCAGCGCAACCGAGAGCAGGAGGGUGAUCCAGCUGUCCCGUAUGCUGACGGUCCUAUUCAGAUAAUCCCAGGCAUCUGGUUGGGCUCAGAGGAUAACGCUCGUGACUGGACCGGCCUCAUAGAGCGUGGAAUAAAAUCGAUUCUCAAUGUCGCUAAAGAGGUUGCUUCACCUUUUGAGCCAGCCAAACCUCAUUCGCUUAGAGUCGCUGUCUCAACUCCCAAUCUGAAUAAAACACUCGACUCCACAGCCACUUAUCAUCCACCACAUCCUGCCACAGGCAGGCCUGGUUUGCAUUAUCUAAAGCUGCCAUGGUCCCAUGGACAGCGGGAUCUGGUUGCAGACGGUUUUCCUGUUGCCAUGAGAUUCACUGAUGAAGCUCUUCAACGGGGGGACGGCGUGCUCAUCCAUUGUCAAUGUGGUAUCUCACGCUCUGCAACGCUGACCAUUGCCAUUGUGAUGCGGGCCGCAGCCGAACGUUCCUCCUUUGUACCGUCUGAAAUAUGGGCACUCAAAGGCAUGCAACCUGCAUAUGAUUAUGUCAAAGAAAAAAGCGCAUGGAUAGGCCCAAAUAUGUCACUUAUUUAUCAACUGCUUGAUUAUGAACGUAAACUCAAAGGACAGGACGCCAACUCUCCUUCCUCAGAUCGAUCUUCAAUGAUUGCAGAUGAGGAAGCGGAAUGGAGUCGCCGGAGACAGAUGAUGGAAGAUGAGGACGAGGAUGAUCAUGAAAGCCGGCUUGUUAUGCAGGAAGCACAGGCACUCGAUAAGGCUAUGGAGGAUCGUGUAGUUGCACGUAAAAAUUCUGCAUCGUCCAUGUCGUCUCAUGGUUCGUCAUUUAGCGGCGUAGGUAUGGGGCCCGCAUGGCGCAGUCGAUACAGUCGCAAGCGUACGGGUUCAGUAGCAAGUAACACCACCAACGGGAGCUUGAUCAGCGAAGAUCUAGUUGAGGAAGAGGAAGAACAGGAAUUGCUGGGUGUAGGCGGUGGAUUCGAAUCCGACAGCCCAGAUUCCGAUAUGGUCGGCAAUGAAAAAGAAAAUGUAGACAAUCUGGAAUCCUCGACUUCGACUUCUUCGUCUACCAACAAUCCACAUAAGGAUAUUCAAGACGUAAUCUCUCCUCCGCGAAGCAGCUCGCUGUCUUCUUUCACACCCAGGACUGCUCGCCCUAAGCUCCCGCCAUUCACUCCCAAAUUGAAUUCCCAAGCGCAACCCCCACCUUCAGCCCCGGUUUGGAAAACGUCUUUUGGAAACAGUGUAUCUAUUCCGCCUCCUUCAACAGCUUUCCGUUCAUCGUUUGAUCUGUCAACUCCGAAAGCAAAUAAAAGACGGCCGACUCCUUUGGGAACACUUGCUCCUAUUCCCCCAUCUCCCAUCGCCAUCAUUGUUGAAGGGGACAGUUCCAACGAGGCUAGUGAAACUGAGUCUAGCUAUGCAGUACCACUUUCGCCAAAAAACAAGCCAUCCAAGGUUCCACGGCCUACGUCCGUCGUGUCAUCCUCAUCAUCCAUCCUUUCAGCAAGCAGCCGCCGAUCCUCUGCUUCCGCUUCUUCUAUUCAGUAUACUUCUCCCUUUGCGGCGCCACCGCGAAUGCGCACCGAGUCCCGAAAACCCGCCCCACCACCUUUACACCUUCGCCAUAGUGUAAUGCAGAAAGUCAAAGCGCAGAGCCAGGCAUCGCAAAGUGGAAGCUUCGCAUCCAAACCUGGCAAACGCACUGUACCGUCGUCGCAAGUUUCGACCCCUUCUCAAACCUUGUUCGUCUUCCCGCCCAGUCCAACCCUGACAACACGGACGCCGUCCACCAUGACAUUAACGUCUGCCACUCCACGCGAUCUGAAUGUUCCCUUCCCUUCAUUCUUGGCUACUCCUCGAGUGUCGACCUUCCGGAAUCAUCAAGGCAAGACUCGCUCGUUCAUUGGACUAAGCGCGCCCCCCACACCGACGACGGGAUUCUCCAGGGUGGACGUUCGAGGUUAUGUUGCGCUGAAGUGA